AUGACAAUACGACUUGUUGUUGCCACCCUCAUGGUCAUGUUCGUCGCAUCAACAACGUACUCAAUGACCUCCGCAUCAUCACCCGACAUGAAAACUCUCACUCCUUCUCAACUCUGUAAACUCUAUGGUUGUCCAAAAGGUUAUUCCAAACAAAUGGAUUUUGAUGCUAAUACUUGUCAUUGUGUCAAACAAAAAUGUCCUUCCUUGUCAUGUCUUGCCACCAUGAAAUGUCGAUAUGGAUUACAAACAGAUUCCAUCACACAUUGUCCAAUUUGUAAAUGUAAAACUGUGGAUCAAGAACUUUCAGAUUUAUUUGAAAUUGUCAAGGUGAAUGCAUGUCCUCCAUUGUGUCGAAUGUAUUGUCGAUUUGGAAAUCAGAGAAACAGUGCAGGAUGUCCAAUUUGUGCUUGCAAUCCAGAACCAACUUUGGAAUAA